AUGUCGGCCCGUCUUCUACACCCGGAUGAGUAUGAGCUCGGCUCGCGGUCCUCCGCCGACUCAGAUGGCACUUUCAACCUGGACGAUGACGAUUUUGAGUCCCAGAUGCCAUCCACAUCCAGGCUAGGCGCGCGGCGACUACCUUGGCUGUCUCGACUCUUCUCUUCUUCCGGAUACCGACGCUUAAAGUCCAAUGCCCGACCCAUCCUCGUUAGCUCGUCUCGCCCAACUUGCGCGCGACGCUGCUUCUCCCGCCGCCGAUGCUGCCAAUUCCCUGUUAUCUUCGGAAUCGUACUCGCCCUCGUGCUAUUUGCUUCCAUAUUCACGCCUUCUUAUACCAAUCCGCCCGCGCACUACGCCACUUUACGGAAGUCGGCGUUGGAUGGGAAUGUCGCCGGCAGAGGCAACCCGCAACAUAAGAAAGUGUUCAUUGCAGCAAGUCUAUAUGACCGAGGCGGUGAUCUAGCCCGAGGACAAUGGGGUACACAGCUGUUACAGCUCAUUGACCUCUUGGGGGGUCGCAAUGUGUUCGUGAGCAUAUAUGAGAACGACAGUGGGGAAGAAGGACAAGCUGCGUUGCGAGAGCUGGAGCAGCAGAUUCCCAGUGCCAAGUCAAUCGUGUACGAAGAACACCUGGACUUCAAGAAAAUUCCAUCCGUGGUCAUUCCUGGUGGAGAAACACGCGUGAAGCGCAUUGAAUACCUUGCGGAGCUUCGAAAUCGAGCGCUCCAGCCGCUGAAUGACCACCCCGAGAUUCGAUACGACAAACUUCUUUACCUGAAUGAUAUCCUCUUCGACCCUAUAGAUGCACUGCAACUUCUUUUCUCCACCAAUGUCAAUGAACAAGGCGAGGCUCAAUAUCGUGCCGCGUGCGCCGUCGAUUUCGACAACCCCUUUAAAUUCUACGACACCUACGCCACACGUGAUCUUGAGGGGUACUCAAUGGGAUUACCAUUCUUCCCCUGGUUUUCCACCGCCGGAAACCAUGAGAGUCGAAAGGAUGUGUUGCAGGGCAAAGAUGCGGUUCGAGUCCGUAGCUGCUGGGGCGGCAUGGUGGCUUUUGACGCCAAAUAUUUCCAAGACCCACUACCCGGAGGCACCACCCCGGCGCGUUUCCGGUCUGGACCCGAUCUCUUUUGGGAAGCAUCAGAGUGUUGCCUAAUUCAUGCGGAUAUCCAAGAUCCCCGGACUGCGGAAGACGACACCACUGACACGGGUAUCUAUAUGAAUCCAUACGUUCGAACUGCUUAUGAUGGCCGAACUCUGUCAUGGCUGGGCAUCACCCGUCGGUGGGAACGGUUGUAUUCACUCAUCCACAAUAUCGGUAAUCACCUCGUCGGUCUACCGUGGUACAAUCCCCGUCGCACAGAGACUCCUGGCCAGCGCGUGCAAGAAACGGUAUGGGUCCCCAACGGCAGCCAGGAUGGCGGGGGCUCCUUCCAGACCGUUGAGCGCACCGCAGGCAACGAUGGCUACUGUGGUCGACGAGGCUUGCAGGUUCUUGUAGAAAAUCGCAAGCCUGGGCAGAAAGGGUUUGAAGGCAUACCCGUGCCAUCACUCUAA